AUGAGUAAAGUGACUAGAUCUGAACGAGUAUCUGGUGCUCAGAGAAAAGAUUUAUCAAAAGAAAGGAAACAAGUAUUUAAUCCGAAAACUGCAGAGAUACAUGAUGAAUCUUUUGCCAGUACAUCGGCAAAAAAACUGAAAAGUCAAGAAGAAAAAUACGUGCCAGAGGACGGUACUCUUCAAUAUGCACUUAUAGACUUUUUUUUAGUUUUUUCUACGCUAUCGACAUUUGUGAAGUGCUCGAAUGUAAUAAAUGAAAAUGGAGAGGACAAAGUGUGCAAUGGCAAAGUGAAUUUUAAACAGUGCGUUAAAUUUGGUCUAGGGUUCAAAAUUGUGGUGGAGUGUGAAAAGUGCCAACCCAGAUACAUUUUAUCAUGUGCGAAAAUUGGUAAAUCGUAUGAAGUAAAUCGCCGGUUUAUCUUUGUAAUGAGAAUAUUAGGCUUAGGACUUGCCGGAUGCAAAAAAUUUUGUGGCCUAAUGGACAUAAGUUGUUCUUUUUUAAAUAAAUCAACAUACGACUUUUAUGUUGAUAAAAUUCAUGAAUGUGCCAAGAUGGUCGCCGAAUCACUUUUUUUCUCUGCUGCAAAAGAAGAAAAAAAAUUAACGUGUGAAGAAAACGAUAUUCAAGAUACGACAGAUGUUACCGUGUCAACAGAAUUUGAAGAGUGGCAAGAAGAACAUAUUGAAAAAAACCAAUGUAGCGCCAAUCACCAAGGACCAGCUGGUAAUAUGGAAGUUACAUCAAUCGUUGCAAUGUUUCAACGAUCUUUCGAAAAAUACGGCCUCAAAUACAAAAAUUAUAUUGGUGACGGGGACUCCAAAACAUAUACCGGAAUAAUCAAUGCAGAACCUUACGGCAAAAACUUUUUAAUAACCAAAAAAGAAUGCGUAGGCCAUGUGCAAAAGAGGAUGGGCACCCGCUUGCGCGAUUUGGUGAACAAAACUGUAGAAGAAAAACAAACCAAGGCCGGUAAAACAAUAAGGAAAAAAACUCUUUCGGGCAAAGGCAGACUGACUGGCAAAUUAAUUGACAAGUUAACUAUUUAUUACGGUCUAGCUAUUAGAAGAAACUCUGAUUCGGUAGAAAAUAUGAAAAACGCUAUAUGGGCAACUUAUUUCCAUUACACCUCCACAGAUAAAAAUCCACAACACAACAAAUGCCCAAACAGCCCUGAUUCAUGGUGCACUUGGCAGCGUGCUUCAACUAUGAACACACUGUCCUCAUUCAAACAUGAUUAUAAUCCACUACCAAAUGACGUUUCUGUAGCUAUCAAGCCCAUUUACGAAGAGCUCAGCAAAGAAGAGCUUUUGGAGCGUUGCAUCGGUGGCUUUACGCAGAACAACGAAAGUUUCAACCAAUUAAUUUGGAAAAUUACUCCAAAAAUACUUCCUGCUGGUUCGAAAAUAGUUGAAAUCGCUGCAUUUGUCGCUGCUGGCACCUUCAACGAAGGAAUCGCAGGUUUACUACUUUUUAUGCACGGCAUGGGUGUUAAACUUGGCCGAAACAGCCAUGAGUAUGCCCGAAAAGAGGACGAGAAUCGCAUUCGAAAAGAAGACGAGAAUCGCAUACUCGUAGCCGAGAAAAAAGCCGACGCUGGGCCUCGAGAAGCUAGGAUCCGUCACAGACACGAGCAAAAGGAUGCCCUAGAUAUUGCCGCUGCAGCAGGUUCCUUACUUUAUGGUGCUGGAAUCGAUGAUUCUAUGUAA